AUGGAUUCUCUAGAGUUCACAGACCUUGAUAUUCUCGAUGUUGUCUAUAAAGGUCUUUUCACCACUAUACAUCAAUCAUCUAGUGAUGGUGCAUCUGGUAGCAAGCUGAAAGGGAAAUAUGUUCCCGGAUUCAAAAUGGAAGUGAAGAGGAUCCUGAAUCUCGAUGUUAAUGUGAUAACUACAAUUGGUAACCCACUCCCAUUUUCCAUCUAUAGCUUCGUUCAAAACUGCUCAACAGCUCCACCGAUGAUGAUCACUCUAUCAUCUGGUUUUGAAAAAGAAAACUCCUCAGACAAUGAAUGUAAGUUCCUCAUGGCUCAUAUUUUUCACCCACAUAAUGAAACUGAUCAUGACAAUGUUGAGAUCCUUUGCACAUAUCCUCCUCAUGCUGAAAAGGACAUGAGGUCAGAAUGGGACGAUGCCCAGUGUAUAAGGGAAAGAAUCUUGUUAAUAUCUACUAUGUUGAUAAUAUUGAAAAAGAUGACUCAAUUGAUCUCUUAUGUUUAA